GGCGCCUAAUUUUCUCGUUUCAACUCCCAACGCCAACUGGCGAACUCGGCAUUCCAUAGUUGAACUCCAUCCUUCUCCUCUCCUCUCUGCUCCGUCUCGAAUUUCUAGUGUUUGGCAGAUUCGAUCUCGAGCUUCGAAGAUGCAGAAGCUUGGAUUUCCGAGCAUGAAGAGCUUGAACCAGCUCAAAGCACCGUCUGGAUCGUCUUCAGGGACCGGAAAGGCCAUCUCCUUCUCUGCGCGCAACACCUCAGAUUCACUCGCGAUGGGAAGCUUCGCCAAUUUGAAGGUCACAGCAGAGAAGCUGGUGAAAGAGCAGGCUUCCGUUAAGACUGAUCUCGAGAUGGCGAAUACGAAAUUGAAGAAAUCAAUGGAGCUUGUCCGUGCACUGGAGGAAAAAUUGCAGACUGCUUUAACUGAAAAUACUAAACUCAAAGUGAAGCACAAGGAGGACGAGAAGCACUGGAAAGGAUUGGAGUCCAAGUUCUCUUCAACGAAAACAUUAUGUGAGCAGCUUACUGAAACUUUGCAGAUCUUAGCUGGACAAGUCCAGGAUGCUGAGAAGGAUAAGGAGUUCUUUGAAGACAAGCUUUCUGCAAGUUCAGCUGCUUUCGAUAGUCUAAAUCAGCAAAUGAAAGAUCUAUCCCUUAAGUUGGAGUCUCAAGAGGAGACUAUAAGAAAGAGAGAUAAGGAACUGGAGGAGCUAAGAAUUCAGAAAGAAGAACGGGAAACUGCCUACAGGGAUGAACAGAGAAGGACAUCCAGUCUCAUUGAGGACAAAGAUUCCAUAAUCAGGAAGACUGAAGCAUGUUUAGAAGCUAAUGGAGUAGCCAUGGAGAGAUUGAACUCUAAGCUGAAGGAGAAGCAUUGUCAAUUGACAGUGAAGGAAGAUGAAACCCAGCGUUUGAUUGCCAGUCAAGAUAAAUUGGAGAAAGAUAAAAAUGACCUUGAGUUGAUCAAAGAUGAGCUUGCAAGCAAACUGGCUUCAUCAAUCCAGGAAAUGAGAACCCUUGAAGGAUUUGUGCAUCUGUUCUCAGAGCAGUUGGUUGCACUGAAUGGUCAAAGCUCGGCUCUCUCAGACAAGUUUGAUGAGCUAAAUGCAAUGCACGACUCUAGGUUGAAGUUGACUGAGGAGAAAAUGGAUUUCACAGUUAAACUUGCUCAGAGAAAGCAUGACCAACUCCAAGACAAUCUCUUCUGCACGAGAUCUGAGAAAGAUGCUUUGCAUCUUUUGAAUGAGGAGUUAAAAAAUAAGGUAAAAGAGCUGGAGAAAGUCCAUGAGUCUACCAUGGCUCAGCUUUCCAAGGAAAACUGUUUAGCAGGAGAGAAAAUCCAAGGAUUGGAGGCUGAAGCAAAAGAUUUGAUUUCUAAGAAGAUAGAGGCUGAAUUGUUGAUUGCUAAAUUGGAAGGGGACAUUGCCUCCUUAUCGGAAGCUGCAAGAUCAUCUGAAAAUAUGAUGAAAGAUUUGUUGGUCAAAAUUUCAACACUGGAGGUGGAGAACAAAGAGAGCACCGAAAAGUUCCUGGGAGAACUGCAGAAGAAAACUGAAGACUUAGAAGCUCUUCAAAAGGAGAAUGAGAAACAUAAGCAAGAGGAAGAUUUGUUAAAUAAACAAGUCAAUGAGCUUCAUAAUCUUUUACUGGAGAAGGAACAACUUAUUUUGCGAUAUAUUGACAAAGAGAGAAUUCUCGAAGAGCAAAUCUCAGAGAAUCAAGGACUGCUCACUGAAGCUGAAAGUAAACUUGCUGAAUUGAGAAAGCAAUAUGAUGUUAUGCUUGAGAGCAAACAGAUUGAGUUAGCAAGACAUUUGAAAGAAUUGUGUCAGAGGAAUGAUCAGGCCAUCAAUGACAUUAGGAGAAAGUAUGAAGUGGAGAAGCAGGAGAUUGUCCAUCAAGAAAAAGACAAGGUGGACAAAGUUCUUGCAGAAAUGGAAAAGAAGUAUGAAAAAGAACUGGCAGAACGCAUAGCAGAGUCAAAACAGAACUUGACACGCAUGCAGGAGGAGCAUGCUGCUCUGGUCAGUCAAAUCCAGAAGGAGAACGACAAAAAGGAGGCCAUCCUUAAAUCUAAACAUAGUGAAGAGCUGAAACUUUCUGAACUGCAAGCUGAAAAUGAGCUGAGAGAGAGAACCAAGUUGCUCAGGAAUGAACAUGACGCUCGGAUGAAAGCUGUGAUGUGUGAGCAUGAAGAUGAAUGUAGGAGGCUCCUGGAGGAGUUAAAUCUGCAGAAGACCAAAGAAGAGAGACAGAGGGCAUUGCUGCAAUUACAGUGGAGAGUAAUGGGGGAGCCACAGGAGGACCAAGAAGUCCACUCAAAAAAGGAAUACUCAGUCUCUUCAAAAAUGAGGAACCCGGUCGGUGGAAGAGGUAGGAUGGUCGCCCCAAGGAUGGAAAAUGAAGAAGAUGAGGAGCAGGAUUCGCCUCUCCCAGAAGCAGCUCAAACACCAGUAUCGAAAUUGUUAAAGAAAGUAGAGCAUGCUAAUCCAGGAAACAUAGAUGGUGUUCCUAAGCAUAGCAAGAAAGUGACACAGCGUGAAUAUGAAGUUGAGACAACAAAUGGAAGAACGGUUGCUAAAAGAAGAAAGACAAAAGGCACAGUUAUGUUUGAGGGUCCAAGAAAGAACAAGAAGUUGCCUUCGCAAACAAUUGGCACCCCAAAAGACGGAAAGGUUAUUCAGCCGGUCAGCCGUCCCCGUGCUUCAAACAUAGGUGAUCUGUUCUCGGAGGGCUCAUUAAAUCCAUACACAGAUGAUCCUUAUGCAUUUGACUAAAGCGCAGUAAGUAGCGAGCAUUCGUUGAAUUCCUUCGGUAUUUGAAAUAUUCACUAGUCUAUCAUUCUGAAUUCACUGCUCCUGUCAACCUGCUGGAUCACUGUGGAAUCUUUCCAGGUGGAGCAUCACCAAAUUUUUACCAGCAUUACAUUUGUACAAUUCUACUUGCUUUCUGAUAGUUCUCAGGGCCUACUCACUUCGUGAUGUGUCUGGGAAGUGCAAAAUGAUGGAUCAAACUACAUUUUAAGGCCAAGAUCAGGCAUAUAGAUCUUGGUGUACUCACCUGGGAACAAGAACUCUCUGCAACCAAUCUCUCCUGAGAUCCCCAGGGGUGAAAUAUUAGCAUCUGCACUGCAAAAGGGAAACCUUACACGGAAUUAUGAUGCAAUCUUUUGGCCAUUUUCGGCACUUGUAAUUCCAUAUGACUCAGAGCACAGAUAUUAGGUUCCUGAAGUGUACUGAUUACCACAUUGACCGGAACCAUAAUAAUGUCUCAGGUCAUCUUCCCUGUGAGUACGUAGUGGGGCGCUGCUCUUCUUGUUGGUUUGCAUGGCUUUCUUUUUGUAUGAGAAAACUUGACAUGUCUGCUAGUCUUUUGGCUAGCACCACGGUUUGAUUCA